AUGAGGCGGAGGAAAGAGAGGCCAAGGGCGGGGCUGGCCUCUGAGGGGAGCCUGGCUGCGCAGCGGUUCCGGAGGCUUCCCGGCUCGCAAGCGCUCUUGCUGGCGCCGCUCCUUCAGCCCGCGGGACCGGAGGCCUCUCGGAGCAGCGCUUGGAAAGACACCUCUUGUUCUCCCAUCAUCCCAGAUAAAGGUUCAGAUUCUCCAGGGAGAUAUGAUGAAUCAAGCAUUACAACUGACUGGCAAAAGAAAUUGACCCCAGAGCCAUUCUUGGAAGAUAAGCAACAAUCAGAGGGAAAUCGCAGCACCUGUUUAGAAUGUUGGCAUAUCUCUUUGAAGACUUUUAGUGGGAUCCAUCUGUCUAGCAUAAAGCCUGGAAUGUUCCACUGUGUAUGUUGCAAUGCCCCAUUAUUCAGUAAUAAAUUCAGAAGCAAGGGCAACUUGCAUGCAACUCAGAAUCGAAGUACGAUUCAGAACACGGUGGCUAUCCUUUUCAGAAGCCUAGGGAUAUGCAGCACAGAUGAAAGCAAUAUUAGUAUCUUGAGACGGUCUAAUAAUUCAUGAUCCAGCCACACAGAAGUCAUUUGCAAAAAGUGUGAUGCCCAUCUGGGCCAUGUGCUCAAUGAUGGUCCCAAGCCAUCUGGGCAGAGGUUCUGCAUCAACAGCGUUUCAUUAACAUUUAUACCAAACUGA